UUAUUAGAAAUUUGCUUCAACAGAUAUUUUAAGCUUGAUAAUAGAUUUGCUAGUUGUAAUACUUGUGCUAAAGUUUCUGAAGUUGGUAUAUUUGUCAAUUGCAAUAUUGGUGCUGGUGCUUCUAAACUUGGAAAUAUAAACACUGAAAUUACUAGGCUUGGUGCAUUUGUUGAUUAUAAUAUUGAUGCUGGUAUUUCUGAACCUGAUGGGUUUGUUAGUUGCAAUGUUGAUACUAGAAUUACAGAGCUUGAUAAUACCAAUUGCAAUGUUAGUAUUUUAGUUUUUUGA